AUGAUUUUAUCAGUGAAGAUCAUUUUGAUGUUCUGCUCGGUGGCUGCAAUGACCGCACAAGACCCUUUUGAGGGGUCGGGCAGUGAGGAUACCACAGCCACUACACCAGAAGAUCCUGAGGGGUCGGGUACGGAUACAACAGACCGUCCUGUCACUACAACACAAGGGCCCUGUGAUGCAAGUCCUUGUAUCGGAGAGAGUACCUGUGAUGCACGGUUUGACGGCACAUAUGUUUGCCUCUGCCGGCCUGGACUGGUUUACGAUCAAAUAAGCGGCUGCGUUCAAACAAAGAUCUUCCCCGGAGCUUUAACAUUGUCUGAUACGUUUAAACCAGAAAUGACUGACAGGACGUCCCAGGAGUUUCAAAUUAUAUCAAAUAGAAUAGAGAAAGAGCUCAGUACAGUCCUUGAUGGCAAUGGCUACAUAGGUUGCAUCGUUUUGAGUCUAAGGCAAGGCAGUAUAAUUGCAGAAGUGCAGAAUUUCUAUGACAUGUCAUCCACUGUCACAAAAGAACUGGUUGAAUCUCAGAUUGAGGAAGCAAUUGUUGAAAAGAAAAUAUCAGGCGCCACCGAAUUCAAAGAAAACUCAGUGUGUGAUCUUGGAGCUUGUGACAGUACCACCACAAACUGUGAGGAACUGGUUAGUGGUGUUGCAAUGUGCACUUGCAAAGAAGGAUAUGUCAGAUCACAGUCCACAUCUCAGGCCUGCCUUGCUUGUCCAAAUGGGGAAAAGGCAGUGGACUCAAAAAUCUGUGAAAAAUGUCCUUUUGGCUUCGCUGGGUUCAACUGCAGUGAUCCAUAUCUUUUGGUGGUGAUCGUGGUGUCCACUGUGUUGGGUGCAUUGCUUAUCAUCUUUAUUGUGGCCCUGAUAGUUGUAAGCUUCAGGAAUCAGAAGAAAGACUCCUCAUCUGAGGUAGACUUUAGCUCAAGCUAUGGAAAUAAGGAAUUGCAUAAACCUACAGGAAUUCCCAGGAUCCCUCGGGCCAACCCUGAUGAUGGCUGGAAGUCUAACAAUCUGGAGAUGACCAAUAGUGGAAGAAAUCAGGCACUGGUUGUCAGAGAUCGGCCAGAAAGCAAAGCGCGCUACACUGAUUUCGAUGAGGACACGAGCUAUAGGGGUCCCUCAGCGUACUCGGGCUACGGUGGGAGAGGAGUGGACAAAGGUGGUGUCCACAACCCAUCCUUUCGACAAGAUGAUGACAGAACGCGCAGAUACUAAGUGCUUAGAAAAGCGAUGAAUGAAUGAAUGAAUUAAAAUUAUAGUUAACACCAAUUAACCAGGGCACUUAGAUGAUUUUUCGGUAACACUUUAGAAUAAGGUUCCAUUAGUUAAUGUUAGUUAACUACUUUCGUUAACAUGAACUAAGCAAGAACAAUCCUUCUACAGCAUUUAUAAGUCUUAGUUCAUGUUAAUUUCAACAUUUACUAAUGCAUUAUUUAAAUCAAAAGUUGUGCUUGUUAACAUUAGUUAAUGCACUGAGAAUUACCAUGAACUACCAGGAACUAACAAUGAAUAACUUAAUUUUCAUUAACUAACAUAAACAAAGAUGAAUAAACACAGUAAUAAAUGUAUUAUUGAUUGUUUGUUCAUUUUAAUUAAUACAUUAACUCACAUUAACUUAUGGAACCUUAUUCUAAAGUGUUACUGAUUUUUCUUCAUCUUCAUGUGGAAUUAAUUACAUUUUUUAUUUAUUUGUUGAUCAAAGUUCGAAGGUUGCAAUGAAAAGCUGUUAUUGUCAUUUUAUAAUCAUCUUACAAUAGGAACAGGUCAAAUUUACUUUAUAUUUACAUUUGGUGGCAUUAGCAGCUAAUAAAAUUUAGCCCAUUGGCUUUCCUAUUGAUCUAAGCCUCAACUUAAAACAUAUUUGACCAAAAUGUCUUUCCUGAAUGUUUGAAUGGAAGCUAUGUUGCAGAGGCCUUAACUUAUAAUCAUUGACCCCU